AUGGCAUUCCAGCCUACUCCGGCGGAUAUAUCCGUCAUUAUUACCAAUGCAGCAUUUUCGCGAACUGCUGAUGCAGAGCCUCGCUUCGUCACCGAGCGUCGCAUCACCCCGACAUGGACUGUGAUGCAGCUCAAGGGGAAGCUGGAGACUAUGACCGGUGUCCCACCGGGGUGCCAGCGUCUGCUUGUUAAGGUACCUGGUCGGUCUGAUCAGUGGGCAGAUGAAGAGGAUCGAGCUAUCGGGGAUUGGGGGCUGGCCAAAGGAUCAGAGAUUGUGGUCCAUGAUUCCCGCCCACAGGCGAUGAGGCCCAACUUCACCGACCUUUCAUCCGUGGAGAAAUACGAAUUGCCCACGGAGACCUAUGAGUCUCUUUCAAACUCUGUUUUGGCGUGGAAGAAGAACCAAAAGUUGGGCCGCUUUGAUCCCAAUGCGCUUUCACCCGAGGAGUACCUCCGGCAACAAGUAGCAAAGGACCAGGCUGAGAUAGCCUCUCGAGGUAUUACGGUGUCUAAACGAGUGAUCAUUUUGCCAUCGUCGCCACCCCAUAUCAGACGAGGAAUCAUUCGGUUUGUUGGACCUGUGCCGUCGAUCCCGGUGUCUGGACCUGGCCGCGAACUCGAAAAGGAAGGGGAACUCCCCGUGGAGCUGCAGCCCAUCUGGGUAGGUGUUGAGUUGGAUGAACCAACGGGGAAGAAUGAUGGCAGCGUAAAUGGGCAACGCUAUUUCGAAUGCUUGGAGAAACGAGGUGCAUUCGUGAAGCCGGACAAGCUCGAGGUUGGCGAUUUCCCUCCGUUGGACCUGGAUGACGACUUGGAUGACCUGAUGGAGGAAAUCUGA